AUGGUGGUUGACCCUGCAUGGACACUUGGACAGAUCGAACGGCCCUUGGGCAUCAAAGACCUGGGGAGCUUGAAAGCAGCGGUGUGCACGCAGGAGCAGCAGCGGCGCUUGGGAGUGGGAGAAUGUGGGCCGGUUGCAGAACCGACUCAGACAGGAACUUCAAGCCGGGCUUCAACAUCCCUGCGAGCCCCGGACAUUGUGGCACAGCCAGCGCAGCCCGUCGAAGACCUGGGGAGUUGGAAGAUCACUCCCUUUGGAUACACGUCGGAGCAGGAAGCCCGACUCGGAAGGGACCAUCAUGGCCCGCAUUGCUCCCACUGCAACGGUUUGCCCGUGGUCCCUCCUACAAUGACCAGCUCGCUUGGGAAAGCCUUGCUGAACUCGCCGGCUUUGCUGAAAGGUCUGUGCAACAUGUACUUUCGGCGCUAUGACAAGAAUCGCAAUAGUACCCUUGAGCUCAGGGAGGUGCACACUCUUUGCGAUGAUUUGCACAUUGGCCUGGGCAUGACCAUGAGUGGCAUCCCCCCGGAGGCACUCAAGACCUCAAUCGGAAGAUUCAGUCAAGAUGGGACGGACACACUCAGUGCAAGUGAGUUUCCACUUUGGUUCACCGAAACUCUGAAGGAAAGUCUAGAGGCACAUCAGAGAAUUGAGGAGCAAGCGGCAGCGCUCGGCUUCUUACCACUGACAGUGAAAUCCGGGCAUCAACUAGCAAGGAUCAGUGCCCCACUGAACCUGAGCAUGCAUGAUGUCAUAGAAGGAGUCGCAGCCGUGUUGGAAUUGCCGUCCGACAAGAUGUGUUUGCUGCAUGGGGACAUACAGCUUCCUUCUGGUGAUACACAGCUGGCAGAACUUGGCUUGAGCGAGCAGACUGAGCUUACCGCAGUCGUGGUCGAGUAG